UUUAGGUUGAUAACUAAGUUAACCCUUUCUUUCCAGGCAAAGUUUGGACGUGUUCAGGAAUUGAGUGAUCAGUGCCGCAAACCUGGAGAAGUUGCCGUCCUGAAACAUGGUCAAAGAUUUAUCUAUUACUUAGUCACUAAGGAACGAUAUUGGCACAAGCCGACAUAUUUAAGUCUUCGGUCUUCUCUACAAGCAAUGAAACGCCAUGCUCUCCAGCAUAAUGUCGCUGCCAUUGCUAUGCCUCGCAUUGGAUGUGGACUGGAUGGUCUAGUGUGGGACCGAGUCCGUGAGAUCCUUACCGAUGUAUAUAAAGAUACUGAUAUCAAGAUUUCUGUUUAUUCCAUUUGAGGCUUUCUACUUGAUAUAUACAAAGCAUAUGAAGAUGAUCAUCUGUAUAGAAAUGGUAUGAGCACGCUCAUGGCAUGUGCAUGUUAAGCCAUUGUUUCCGUAAGCCCAAGAUGGAACCUAGGGUGAUUUAUUUUAUGAUACGUAUUUGAAAGUUGCUGUCCAUGUAAACAGUAGCCAUAUAUUGUGCAGAAAAUGAGUUCUUGUCUCCAUCACAGAGAUGGCCACUAGCUGUCCCUCUUGGAAAGACCUUGAAAAUAUAAAUAGGUCUUGAAGCUAGAAUAAGGUUCAAGUGCAGCUAAUAUAUGUAGUAGAUAGGUUAUGAAAACUAAACAUUUGAUAAAAUAGAUUUUCAGUUUUAUAGGUUAGCCAUGCAAUUUUGGUGACUUGCUCAGAGAAGUCAGACAUGUUCUCAGUUAUUGAGAAUUUUAUCUAGGGUGGAAAAAACUUUUAAUUAAAAUCACCCAGAUGAUUAAAGCUGUAGAAGGAUUUUGAAAUUUUUCUUUGAUUUAGGAUGAACAGCUUGGGGCAGCAUUUGCUGUCAGUAUUUGAUAAGGAAUAUUAUUUUUCCACAGAGGUCUUCUUUCCAAGUGUUGGAAAGAUGAGUACAACUUUUAUUUUGGGUAGAAAGAGGCUGUGUAUUGCUCUUAGAAGUUGAUAAGAACUGCCAUGGUGUGUUUUUACCUGAGCCUAGAGAUAAGGACCUUCCUGGUGCUCUGCUACCUAAUACUUCGCACAUUACGCUUAACUUUCAAUUGAGAUGAUGGAGACUGACUUGUGGCAAACCAACUACUCCUUAAGAUGCUUGCAAGUGCUGGACACAUACUUUUUGUACAAUGAAAUAUUUGUAUAAAGAGUCUAAGACAUGGUUUUGGCAAACUCCUUAUGGCAAGUGGAUUGAUGUCAAAUUUUUUUUUUAAGUUUAUAUACAGUAUGUGUUAUCAUCUUUCAUAGUAUGAUUCACAGUAAUUCGGUCUGAAUCCCAUCUGACAGAUUCUGUUAUACAGGAUUUAAUGUGUCUUGAAGGUAAUGCGAGGAAGCCAUGUUUGCAGAUUGUCAGUUUUGGGAUUAAGCAGUGUGACUGUGAUAUCACUCAAUAUAAAGGGCCAUCAUGCUUUUACAAAAGAAGAAACAACUAUAUAUCUUUGAUAUUACUCCGGUGCCAAGAAGAUUUCUUGCAAAAUAUUGUAAUUAGAUAGUUAUGUAAGUUCUAUUUAGAUGAGAACAUUGGAAUGAAAACGAUUUUCAAAAUAGUAAACUGCAAAGAUGAAAUCUUGGAAGUGAGAAUAAGAAUAAAGAAGCAAUGAAGAAGAAGAGACUAAAAUACAUUUCAAAUGUUAAAUUUCUUGCUGUUAUGCUUCAUAAUCAAAAGCUUCCUUUGUGUAUAGUCAUGUUAACCAAUUUCCCUUUUUUGAGAAAGAAAAAGAUAAUUUUAUUUACAACUCUUUAACUUAUUUAUAAAAAAACAACCGCCUGUUGUCACAAUAUAAUUAAAGUUCCCCAAAGUUGAGAUUAUGUAUAUUUAACCAGUGAUAUUAAUAUCCUUGUGAUGCGCUAUUAGAAGUUACCUAACUAAAUGCUGUAUUAAGUGUGACCAUUGCUAUAGAUAUUUUUAAUUGUUAUUUCAUGGUAUUACUGUAAAAAUAUGAAUGAGCAAUUGUUUAAUGCAUGGUAAUAAUUAUAAUAUACAUUAUGAGAAAAAGUUGAGAGCUCAAAAGAACAUAGUGAGAUGGACAUUUUUUGUAAUGGUAAGAUGCAAAGAAAUUUUUGAAAUGAAAGUGGAUGUGCGACACAUCAUGGAGAGUGAAUUGAUAUUUUUUAUUUUAACAAUUCUUUUUUUUUUUUUGUAAAAUGAUACAUUGAAUAAAGUGAUGUUUCAAAAUUA